AUGUCUCUCCAGAACGACAAGUUCCCGUCUUCCGCGGCCUUCGAUGCCAUCAAUGACGCUCUGAACGCCAGCGAGGCGGACAAGAAGGACGCCAUCAAGCAGGGCAACGCCGUCUUCGCAUUCACCCUCAAGAACUCCGCCGGCGAGACCGAGAGCUGGCACAUCGACCUCAAGGAGAAGGGCCAGGUCAGCAAGGGACUGCCCGAGAAGGCCAAUGUCACCCUCUCACUAUCAGACUCCGACUUUGGCAACCUCGUCGUCGGCAAGGCCAAUGCCCAGCGGUUAUUCAUGUCUGGCAAGCUUAAGAUCAAGGGCGACGUCAUGAAGGCGACCAAGCUGGACCCCAUCCUCAAGAAAGCGCAGACCAAGGCCAAGCUGUAA